UUCUUGCGGAGGUCUGCUGAAAAAAAAAAAAAGCAGCUGGUCUGUUCUGAUCGAGAGAAAAGCCCCUUCUGUUGAUCUCCACUAUAUAAAGGCAGAACUUUGUCUGGAUCCUGAGACUUGCAGCAGCUGUCAGUGGCACCACAGCAACAUGUUGAACAUCAGUGACUUGCCUCUGCACCUCCUGCCCUCCAGGGCCUCGGACCGUCUCCUGCAGCCAUUCUGGAACUAUUUGCUUUUUCACCAUCGGCCUCUCAUCUCGUCUCCUUUUUUCCCCGUCCUACUCGCCUUCUCCAGCUAUUUCUUCUUCAGCAUACCUUUUGCUGCGCUGGACCUCUUCGGAGAAAGGGUGCCUUUUCUCUAUCAGUACAAGAUCCAGCCAGACAGGCGGCCAACAGUGGGGAUGAUGGCGAAGAGCUUCAUGACAGCGCUGUAUAACCACGUAUUCUUUGUUCUGCCAGCUGUAAUAAUUGGCAUGUUCAUACUGCCUACGCCAACACUUCCACAGGACGCUCCUACUCUGUAUGAGGUAUUCAUAGAUGGACUGGGCAUGCUUCUCCUUUUUGACACUCAGUACUACAUUUGGCACUUCGUACAUCACAAGCAUGCACAGCUUUACCGGUGGAUUCAUGCGAUCCACCAUGAAUACGUGGCGCCUUUCUCUUGGUCGACUGAGCAGCUCAGCAUCCCAGAGCUGAUGACUGUUGGACUCUGGAGCAACCAGGACCCGGUUCUUUUAAAGUGCCACCCCUUGACCACAUGGAGCAUCACCGUUUUCAGUAUCUGGAUGUCUGUGGAGGACCACAUAGGCUACGAUCUACCAUGGACCCUCAACCACCUAGUGCCUUUUGGUCUGCUGGGCGGUGCACCUGCUCAUGACAUGCACCACCAGAAGCCGAGCAGCAACUACGCUCCUUUCUUCAGCCACUGGGACAGAAUCUUUGGCACUGCCGUUCCUCUGAAGAAAAAGAUAAUGAAGUGAAUGUUUAGUGUUUUUUUUUCCUUCUCAAGUUAUUGUCACUAUUACUUUAGCACUGGCACAUUCACAAGUCAUGACUUUUAUUUUUGCUACUGUUCAUUUUAUUGCACUCUUUGCUGCUCCGCCAGGUUUUCUUUGUGAGGCAAUGUGAGAUAAAAGAUGUGGAAAAUUGUAUUUUUUUUAUGGUUUUUCAUUCAAUAAAAUCAUAUGUAAAAAGAUUCUUGCGCUACUGUUUCUAUUGACGUUAUGACUAAAAGUCGUAUAAAUGCUGACACAUUCAAUUCAAUAUCCUUUAUACAUGUCAUGCAUGCAUAAUCGCACUUAAUAUAUUGUAGAAAUGUAGCCAAUAGUAAUUACUAUAAGCAAAGCAAGCACAAACUUCCUGUUCUUGCUUUUCUCCCAGUCUUCUUACAUAAUACAAAGUCUCUGAAAGAGCCUUACUCAGCAAUAUUUUGCUCACAAAUCCCACGAUGCAAUAAGAAGCUUUUGAACAAGAAAACCUAGUACUGUUGUCCGGGCUUGUCAACAAGAGCUCAAGUACAGUACAAGGAGAAUUAAGGAUAACCUGUACUUGAGAAAGUGCUGAGCUGUGACUGGGCAAAGUCUGCAACACUGACUAAGUGGGGAAUCCAUUACAAAGAAUGACUCAGCAAAAAGGGAAUCAAAUAAAGAAGAUACUAACGUGGAUGUGGAGGACAGGAAUGGUAUGGCUAUGUUGAGCUUGAAGGUUGAUGCCUGACCUUGGAGAUAUCAGUUUGACAAAAGUUUCUCAAUGCAAGGUUCACUUAGUUUGUUUCAUCUCCAUGACAACUGAGCAGCACCAUCUGCUGAGGAAGAACAUUAGAUGUGGCUGAAAGCUUUAGAAACUAGGUAUGUGGAACUUGUGAUGAGAUAUUUUUGCCAAAUGUCUUCAUGGUUUCUUCCAGGGGUGGGACCAGGUCUAUGUUUUGCAAGUCACAAUUAAGUCUCAAGUCCCAAGUCAAGUCCUAUGAUUUGAGUUUGGGUUCUAAACAUGUCAUAAUCCACUCAUUACCAGGUGUAAUGCCAAUUUUAAAACAGAGUAACAAUAUAUUGCAAUUACAAAAUUACGAUUGCUUUUAAAUUGUGUUUUAUUCAAAAUAACUAUUUAUCCCGAAGGAAAUUCUUGUGCAAGAGAAUGCUUCAAAUAACAGUAACACUGAGUACAGUAACCACAAUUCAACAUUCACAACAAGAACAGCCAGUAGGUUUUCCGGGUCUCGGUCACUUACUAGGCCCAGUUUUAGAACAUUAGAGUAUUAAAUAUCUGGCAAAAUAUACAAAUAGACAAGAAGUGUUUUCAAGGAGCAAAGGCAAAACCAGUGCCUAACAGAGUAACAAUAGGAGUAUGAUAAGUAUAAGAGUUACUAAAAAUGAACUAAAAUGGUGGAAUAUUACAAUAUAAAUGGUGGUGAUAUUGCCCUAAAUUGACAAGUGAACAUGAUAUUGAAAAGUUAUAUUACACAUAAUGUUGUCAAAUAAAGCAUGUGGGGAAU